AUGCAACAGUCCGCGUGCGCCUUUGACGCCAUCUUUGACGACCGGCCUGCUGCGGUCCAGACCCAGUCCACCCGCGAACUCCAGAUCCUCAAGAAUAUGAUUGACCAGCUUGAGACCUGUCUUUCCACUCCCCUCGCCACCAUCCCGGACACCAAGACGACCUCCCUGUUCAUUUACCCCUCACUUUAUCCCUACACUAUCCAUCUACCGCUGCAGGCCUGCCUUUACCUCAUCAAUGCCUUGGGCGACGGCUUGACAGACAGCUCUCUAGAGGCUGGCGGGUGGGUUUCCUGCUUGGCAGCCGCUGGUCUGAUGCCACCAUUGCGCCGAGGCGUAGCAUGGACUCCUGCUGCAGCCGCCGCCACCAUGCAGGCCUUCAAGAAGAUCUUCCACCGCUUCCGGGAGUCCUCAGCCGCACAGCCACCUGACCCGUGA